AUGGACAACUUUUGGAGCGUUGAAACAAUAUUAAACGAGGAAUGCAUGAAUGCAUAUGAAGAAACGGUACUGGACAACAAUGAGUUCGAGGGACUCACAAUAUGUUCCGAUGAAGAUGAUUUUUAUAACACCGAUGUACUACUCGUCGAGGAGUACAAUUGGGCAGAAAAUGCUGGGUAUAUGUCAGAAUACACCAACGUUAACCACGGGGACAAUCACACAACAUGCAGCCAUAAUGAAAGCACCCACACCAACCAUAUCGAAGGCAAUACAUUUGCAACCGAAGGCAACAUAAGGCAACAGAACACUGGAAACACAGAAGGCAGCAGUGGAACACAAGCAAGUGGAAGGCAGCAGCUCACUAUACCCAAGAAACGUGAGAUUAUCGCUGGAAUGUUACUUGUUUUACGCAACGGUAAACUACCAAGAGGGCAUUUAACACAUCUUGCAAGGCAAUUUUGUGUACACAAGUCAACAAUAACCCGCGUUUUUCAAGACAUUAAGCAACAAAUGGAAGGGGGGAAUGUCAUUGAUGUGAGGAACAAAAAAAUCGGCAAAUGUGGGCCAAAAGCAAGAGAGUAUACGGAAGAAUUUUUACAGUCGGUACCACUUCAUUUAAGGACAACAGAGAGGGGGUACGCAGGUGCAUUGAAGAUAUCAAAAUCAACACUCCAUGAAUUAAAGAAGAAGGGGGUAUUGAGGACGCAGACUAGCACAAAUAAGCCAAGACUCACUUCAAAUCACAAAAUAGCAAGAUUGAAGUGGGUUCUUUCACACAUACAACCAGCAACACAUACAUCACCUCCCACAUUUCAUGUAAUGAAUCAUGUCAUUCACAUCGACGAGAAGUGGUUUUAUCUAAACCCGGAUACAAGAAGAUUAUAUCUUCUUCCGAAUGAAGAAGAUCCAUACAGAUGUGAACAAUCAAAAAGGUUCAAGUGUAAGGCAAUGUUUAUGGGCAUAAUAGACAAACCAUUGUUUAAUGAACAAGGCCAACUGAUUCAUGGUGGAAAGUAUGGUAUCAUUCCUUUUGUUUAUCAACAACUUGCAAAGAAAGGAAGCAAAAAUAGGCCAGCGGGUACUAUUGAAACAAAAGCAACACAAAACGUAAACCGGGAUGAAAUAAGGAAGAUGCUCAUCAAUGAAGUUCUGCCAGCAAUAAGAAGCAAAUGGCCAAGCAUAUUGUCAAAACAAGUUAUAAUUCAAUGGGACAAUGCAAGGCCACAUCAAGUGCCGGCAGAUGAAGAGUUUUUGGCUGCAUUGGAAGAGGGGGGGUUCAACAUACAGUUCGUUUUUCAACCACCACAAUCACCGGACCUAAAUGUUCUAGACUUAGGUCUAUUCAGGGUAAUUCAAUCAAUUCAACAUCAAGCAUUUCCGAAAACAUUAGACGAAUUGGUUGAAAGAGUUAAAGUUGCAUAUCAUGAGUUUGACCCUAUGGUGAGCAAACAUACAUGGUUAACAUUAAAAUCAUGUAUGAUUGAAAUUCUGAAGUGUGACGGGGGCAACAACUACAAAAUACCACACAUGGGAAAGCUAAGGCUAGAACGACUCGGGUUGCUACCGGAAUUACUAGAAGUCGACCAAGGUUUGGUGGACCAAGCAUGUACUUUCUUGAACAACUCAUUCAUCCAAACAAACACAGAAGAACAAGAAACAGCUGCAAUGGAAGGGGUGGAUGCAGAUUGA